AUGGGUGACAGGCGGGCGGACAAGCGGCCGAUGGAGGCUCCGGUCCCUGAGGCGGAGCGACGGCGCGAGAAGGCAUUGUGUGAGCAGGCGAAGCAUGAGCAGGGGGCCAGGGCGGCGGGCCGGGAAGAUGGCGGCGGCGACUUCGAGCAAGGCCAUGGUGGCGGAUACGGUCGAGGCUAUGGUGGUGGCCAUGGCCAAGGCUAUGGAUCUGGCUCCUACGGGCGCGAGGAGGAUUGGGGUCCUCCUCCCCCCUGGUGGGGCCAACAAGAGAGGAAGAAGAAGCACAAGCAGGGGCAGCGGCGGUGCGAGCUUGAGCGGAAGCCGCAGGAGCAUCCCCUAUGUGGUGGGGGCCAUGGGGAUCCGCUGGCCAAAAAGCCGCGGGCGUCGGAUGUGCCAUUGGCGGUGGCUUGCCGGAGGCGCGGCGGGGUUCGGCGGAUGCGCCCAUUCUGGUGGAAGAAGAUAUCGGGGCAGAGUGUUUCAAGUGCAGCCGGACCGGUCAUUUCCAGGCCAAGUGCACCUCCCCCCUCCCUCUGUGUGAUCUGUAAGCAGGAGGGCCACGCCUCGGCCUACUGCCCAACUAGGGGCAAGCAUCUGCACCUCCAAGUCAUGGGCAGUGCCAUUCCGGGCGAAGGCUUCUUCUGUAUGGAAUUCGAAGAAGAGGAGGAGGUGGAGGGUUCUGACCUUAAGGCUGCUAAUGGCGCGAUUCUGACGAUGGAGCCAGGGAGGCUCUCGCUUCGCACGCUCAAGCAGGAGCUGAAGCACAUGGUGGCUAGGGAUUGGGAUUGGCAGAUUUCUCAGGUUGGGGACAACGAUUUCGUGGUGAUUUUCCCUACCGCUGACCUGCUUCAUAUGGCCAAAUCUAGUGGCAAACUCUUUCUUUCAAUCAAUGACAUUACGGUGCUGGUUCGUGACUCGUUUCAUGAAACGAUUGUGCCUCUCUCCAUGCCUGAGGUUUGGCUUCGCCUCCACGACAUUCCUAAGAAGCACCGCCGUGUCGAUCGUCUGAUGGAGAGUCUCAAGAUGUUGGGCAGGUCAAUUGUGGUGGACGAGCUUUUCCUCAUCCGGAUGGGGCCGGUGAGGAUGAAAUUUGGCUGCAAAGCCCCUGAAAAGAUGAACGGUUUUGUGCAAGUGUGGUUUAACCAUGAGGCUUAUGACAUCAGGGUUGAGGUGGCGCGGCUGCCGAAGCGCCCAGGGGACGGGCCAGCGGCGCCUUGGCCCAACGACGCUCCUCCCCGUCCCUCUGACAAGCGCGGUGGCCCGCCUGGUUCGGGGACCGGGGGGCCGUCUGGACAGAAGCAGGCCAAGCCCGGUGACCAGGUUGGUCAGGGCAGCAUCAAUGGAGGCCAAGGUAAGGACGUGGAGAUGACGUGCCGCGAUGAGGAUCCUGAAGACAGCAUGCCGGAUACGUCGAUUGACACUGAGACCUGGGACCAACUGGGCAUCAAAGAGCUCGCUAUCAAUGAGGACAAAGAUGGCGCGGAGCCUGGGUCGCUCGCGGUGUCGGACACGGCUUGGAGCAGUCUGCCACCGUCCCGCGCCCUGGUGGGUGUUUUCAACCAGCUUGGCCCAAAUCCGAAGUCAGGCGCGGGCCGCGGGGCUUCGGCGGUCGCCCCGGCCUCCCCUAGUCUGUUGGGCUCUGACACGGGAGUGGUGCUCAAUGAACCAACCAUCCACAACCCCUUGUCAAGCCGCCGCAGCUCAGGGGGCUCUGGGCGUGCCCCCAAGAAGACGGCUGGUCGGAAGUCGACGGACAACCCAUCAGUCUUGUCUCUCCCUUCGCCUGCUGCUACGGCGAGCAUGGAUCUGUAG